CUGAGCUGACAGAACAAAAUGUCGGAAAGUGAAACUGUUGAAAACUUAGAGACGACUACAUCACCUGUUGUACACGCAGUAGCUGAUACAGGCACUACUCCACAGAGUCCUUCACAUCAAGCUAAAGUUAAAGUCGAUGUACUUUUGAAACCUGCUGGUGAUGCUCCUAUCAUGAAGAAGAAGAGAUGGGCUGUAGAACGGAGUAUGAAAGUCGGCUCAAUAUGUGAAUUUAUAAAGAAAUAUAUCAAGUGUGAUCCCGCCGACUCUAUGUUUCUGUAUGUGAGGCAGUCAUUUGCACCAUCUUUAGACACACCUGUUGGCAUAUUAUUUGAUUGUUAUGGCAGUGAUGGUAAAUUGGUGCUGCAUUAUUGCAAAACUGCUGCAUGGGGAUAAAUUUGCAAUGAAAUGAUAAUCGAUUAAAUAACUAUUCAACAUUUGAAUAUUCCGAAAAUAGAUUCUCGCAUCCUAAUAAGAAAUUAUGAAAUAUCACACUUUUUUUUGUAAAAAUUAUUGUAAAUAUAUUUACACUAUAAUCACUGA